CGCGCCCCGCCGCGUGCCCACCCCCGCGCGGCUGCUGCAGUCUAAGCUAGCUCGACCACAGCCUGUCCGCGGAGCGGAUGCCUGAGCCCCAGCGGCGAGGAGCUCGUCUUGGGGCUCCUGGGCCGCGGCGGCGGGCAGGCGAUGCUCCAGAGGCUUGAGCAGCCAUGGAGGCCGAGACGGGCGGCCUGGAGGAGCUGACGGAUGAGGAGAUGGCGGCUCUGGGCAAGGAGGAGCUGGUGCGGCGCCUGCGGCGGGAGGAGGCGGCGCGCCUGGCGGCUCUGGUGCAGCGCGGCCGCCUCAUGCAGGAGGUGAAUCGGCAGCUACAGGGUCACCUGGGCGAGAUCCGCGAGCUCAAGCAGCUCAACCGGCGCCUACAGGCCGAGAACCGCGAGCUGCGCGACCUCUGCUGCUUCCUGGACUCGGAGCGCCAGCGCGGGCGGCGAGCCGCUCGCCAGUGGCAGCUCUUCGGGACCCAAGCAUCCCGAGCCGUGCGCGAGGAUCUAGGCGGUUGUUGGCAGAAGCUGGCCGAGCUGGAAGGCCGCCAAGAGGAGCUGCUGCGGGAGAACCUGGCUCUUAAGGAGCUCUGCCUGGCGCUGGGCGAGGAGUGGGGCCCCCGCGGCGGUACCGGCGGCUCGGGGGGCUCUGGCGCUGGGCCGACACCCGAGCUGGCCUUGCCCCCCUGCGGUCCCCGUGACCUGGGCGAUGGAAGCUCCAGUACCGGCAGCGUGGGCAGCCCCGAUCAGUUGCCCCUGGCCUGCUCCCCAGAUGAUUGAGGGCACAGCUUUGCGCCGACGCCCGCCCGGAUUGCUCCUCCCGCGCGGAGAUUGCGGUGGACCUCGGCACCCGGACGCCGCCCCCGCUGCGCACGAGGGGCCGCUGGCAUGGACUUAGAAACCCUAACACUGAGGAGGGCCCCUGGCGCUCGCUGGCGGGGCAGGAGGGGGACUGGAGGCUGGAGCGGCGGGACUUGCUGGGGGCUGGGUGGAGGCUAAUAAACUGAGGCGGAAGCAGA